UAAGAAAUGGAAAGGCACACAACCAGGACAGUUUGAUAUUCUUGAGGGGGCGUGUCAGACGGCGAUUUGAAUACACAGUGGCUCGCUUUGACUAGCAUUUGCUGUGGAGUUCAGACGUUCGGUUCAGCUGAUCACUGUGGGUUUCAGUUCUGCUGGCAAGGGUGAGGGUGCUGGGUGACUGCCUGCCUCCUUAUAAAACCCUGCACCUGCCACCUAAACCUCUCCUUUCCUUCGCUCCUGGUUCUGAAUCAGCAGCUCCUCCCAAGUUGUUGCUGAAAAGGGUGUGUCGCAAGAUGAGGUGUGCAGUUGUUCUUCUGGCGCUUCUGCUCUCCUUGUCUGCACUAUCUGCCGCCACUGCUGAAGCGCACAAGGAACAAUUGGGCGACAAUGCGGUUUCGUUAACCGGUCGGAAAUGGUUGAGAGGCCGGAAGAUAAUGGCAGCACCGAGGAAUGGAGAUGGCAAGAGCACAGGAGCAAAUGAGGAAGCAGAUGCGUCUGCUGAAGCUGUACAUGAUUCGGGUAAAAGGAGCAAGGGAUCAGCAACUCACUCCAUGUUUCAGGAAGCAAGGCAUGGCGAUACGGCUGCCGUGGCGUCUGAGAUGCUCGGCAUGGACUACAACUACCAGGUGGCUGCCCGUCGCCACCAGCCGGUCAACAAUGACGCUCCGUUGGGUGAGCUCGCCAAGAAGCCCUAGAGAUUUUGACUUGGGUGGCUCCUGGAGCAUAAGAGAAGCUGAAUCUUGCUUUAUAGAUACAUCUAACCACAGUAGCCAUUAGCAAAUGGUUAGCUUAACUAGGUAGGAGGAACUCGCUCUCCAAGCCACAUGUAGCCCAUGCUUGGUCCUCAUGGAACAAUCUGAGGUCGGUGGAAUGGGCGAUUUUGGUUGUAAUGUGCUUGCAUGGAGUCUCCAUGAUGGAGAGCAUCUGUAAUUUGUGGACCAGCAGCAUUUCUGAAG